CGCGUUUUCUGUCUCGCCUAACGUCUAUGCGUUUCGUGUUACUCUCCUCCACCAUCCGCGUUCAGAGCAGAGUCGUCCUGGUCGUAUUGCAUUCUGCCGCCCGUCAUCCAGUUCGUGCCGUCGGCUGUCAUCGAACAAUCCCGUUCACCGUCUUUUCGUCAGGAACCUCAACGUAUCCGACGUCAAGCACUAAAUGAUUUUGCUAUUGAACAUAAAGGUUAAUUUUAAAGAUAACACAGAUCUUGAAAUUAUUACUGGUUUUGAAAUUGCUGCUAUCAAUACCAUUAAUGAUAUUUUUCCAUUUGCAAUGCAUUCUGCCUGUUUUUUUACUUUUCACAAAAUAUCAUCACAUAUAAAAAGAAGGAUUGAUGACUAAGUAUACAGAAGAUCAAAACUUCAACAUACUUGGUCAACAUUUACCAGCAUUGACAUUCCUCCCAAUUUCCAAAGUCAAUGGAAGUUGGAAACAGCUUAUAACUGAAUUUUCAAGAAUAACUGAAUAAACUGAAUAUAUAUAUAUAUAUAUAUAUAUAUUUCAACUGAAUAAAGGAAACAAAAUUUAAUAGAAUACUUCAGAACAACAUAUGUUACUGGUAGAUCAGUAAGACCCCGUUGAUGAAAUUUACAAAUUGUUUGAUGUGAGAUUUCGUCGAUUUGAGACGGUGGACAAGAUUCAAAGUGCCGUAUAAGUUGUUAUACUCUAAAGUGAUUAUUAUUGCGAUUGCAACGAGGUUCUGUUGCCUACGAUCUUCCCAUACUAUAUUCAAACGGUUAUAUUUAAUAGAGUUUUUGCCAAACAAUCGGAUGCAAAAUGGUAUUGACUCUGAGCACGUUAUCGUAUAUAGCAUGCAGCGAAGAAAUGAGAAAUUGGUAUAAAACGAAGCUUCCUGGCGUGGGAAAAGUGAACGUGAAGAAGUGUUGUUUCAACGUUGUUGAGGCCAUCAAGUCGAAGAACAUGAUUCCAAAACCAAAAAAGGACUUAAAAACUGGCAACAUCGCUGCGUUUUUCGGACACUUGGAAUGCCUCAAAAUAGCGUUCUCGUUGAAUGGCGAUUUAUCACAGAAGACGGCAUGCUACGCUGCUCGUCGUGGCCACUUUGACUGCUUGAAGUUCGCUAUUCGUAAUGGCUGCUUUAUUGAUGAAGAUGUAGGACUAUGGGCCAUUGCGUACGGACAGAUUGAAUGCCUUGAGUACUUAUUGGACAAUGGGUGGGAAUAUUCGCCAAUGUCUAUAUUAACAGCAGCACAGAGUAAUUUACUGCAUAUGGUCAAGUAUUUACGGGAGAAAGGUUGCUCGUGGACGUCGGAUGUGACAUAUGCAGCCGCAGCUAAAGGCAAUUUGGAGAUGUUGAAAUACGCUUACGAGAACGGAUGCGAGAUGCACGAUUGUGCAAGCUCGAUUGCUUAUUUAAAGAAAAAUUACGAUUGUCUUAGAUAUGCGUACGAUAAUGGAUCUUUUCUACCUACUGGUAGUGCCGGACUCAAAUGGAUGCGAAAGGACAUCAAGAAGAGGUUGGCCAUUGCUAAAGCGGAAGAAAAAAAGAGCGAGAUGGAAGAUGUAAUUGCCAGUGACGAGUCCACCAACAAGCGGCGUCGCAUUGAAAAAUAAUGCCGCCACGGAAAAUAUGUUUUAAAACCACCGGAUAUUUUACAAAAGAAAUAGUAUUUAAUUUUAAUCAAUGUUUUUAUUCCCUCUGACGCAUUCCCAUUGUCUAUCGGUGAACGCGUUUCUAUUUUAAUGUAUACAUCACUCGAAUUCUUUGCAUGAUUCUAUAAUAUGUAUAUACAAAACAUUAAAAUAUUAUAUUAUAUACCCUUGAAA